GGAGGCAGCAGACGCCGCGUAGCAGAAGCACCUGGACUGAAAGAGGAAAUAUUUUCUCAGUCUUGGUUUAAGUUGCGCACACACAGCCCUGCGAGACGGGCCUUAAGUGACUUGGCCAAGAUCACGCGCCGGGGAAGCGUCGGCAGCGCGCGAGCCCGGGUGCCCCGACCACCUGUUCUUGUUUCCACCUGCGCUUGCGGAGUGUUUGGUUCAGAGUCUCCCCGCGCUCCGGUUUUUCCGCAUAAAUUGUGGCCCUAAGAGAUAGACUCAAAGCUUGAGACGCCUUCUGGGUGUGGGAAAGACAGUGAAAGAGGGUUCUAAGAAAAAUCUCACUGAUGCAGAAAACCACCCUGACUCCACAGCAGGUUUAAUUGCAAUUGCUUUCACCAUGGCCUGGGCAGCUUGUCAGCAAACCACACACGCCAAACAAGGAAGCAAAAUUAACUGAAAGGCUCUAGGUCAUCUUUCCAGUGUGCAGAGCCUGAAGGAGCUAUGAUCAUGAGAAGCAAGAGAAGAACUGUUGUGUAUUUCUCUUGGAAGACGCUGGCCCAGCCAGCUCAGAGUCAAAUGCUUAACCCAGUCCAUGGGCUCGUCAGGGUGGAAGCAGAUCCUGAAGUUGAAGGACGACAGUUUGGCUGUGGAGAAUGAGAGAAAGUACAAGAGGUUUUGGACACCUGAGCAUUUGGACCAAUGGCAAUGACAUCAAGGAAAAGGCUGCAGGACCUUCGGAUUUCAUCUAUGGUGGUGAUGUUCCAGACAAAAGACUGAAUCUCCCAUUUUCCCUCGCAGGAAGUGUGACCACAACCUGCAGCAGCCCGUGGUUCAGGGAGCGGAUCCGCGCCCACGAAGCGGAGCUCGAGCGGACCAACAAGUUCAUUAAAGAGCUCAUCAAGGACGGGAAGAGCCUCAUCGCGGCCACCAAGAGUCUUUCAGCAGCCCAGCGGAAGUUUGCUCAUUCACUCAGAGACUUUAAAUUCGAGUUUAUCGGAGAUGCGGAGACGGACGACGAGCGCUGCAUAGAUGCUUCCUUACGUGAAUUUUCAAAUUUUUUGAAGAAUCUGGAAGAACAGAGGGAAAUUAUGGCACUGAGUGUCACCGAAACCCUGAUUAAACCCUUGGAGAAAUUCAGAAAAGAGCAACUCGGAGCUGUGAAGGAAGAAAAAAAGAAGUUUGACAAAGAAACAGAAAAGAACUAUAGCCUCAUUGAUAAACAUUUGACUUUAUCAGCAAAAAAGAAAGACUCACAUUUGCAAGAGGCAGAUAUCCAAGUGGAGCAGAACCGGAAGCACUUCUAUGAACUGUCUCUUGAGUAUGUGUGUAAGCUUCAGGAAAUCCAAGAGAGGAAGAAGUUUGAGUUUGUGGAACCUAUGCUGUCAUUUUUUCAGGGAAUGUUUACUUUCUACCAUCAGGGCCAUGAACUUGCCAAAGACUUCAAUCACUACAAAAUGGAACUGCAGAUCAACAUUCAGAACACGCGGAAUCGUUUUGAAGGAACAAGGUCAGAAGUGGAAGAACUCAUGAACAAGAUCAGACAGAACCCAAAGGACCAUAAAAGGCCUGGUCAGUUCACAGCGGAAGGCUACCUGUACGUCCAGGAAAAAAGGCCUGCUCCAUUCGGUUCCAGCUGGGUCAAACACUACUGCAUGUACCGGAAAGCAGCUAAGAAGUUCAACAUAAUCCCAUUUGAGCACAGAUCUGGGGGGAAGCUUGGAGAUGGAGAGGUGUUCUCCUUGAAAGAAUGUACCAAAAGACAUACCGACUCCAUUGAUCGAAGGUUUUGUUUUGAUGUAGAAGCUGCUGACCGGCCUGGAGUUUCCUUGACCUUGCAGGCGUUUUCCGAAGAGGAAAGGAAGCAAUGGUUGGAAGCUCUGGGUGGAAAGGAAGCGCUGUACCAUAGUUUUAAUAGAGCCAUCACCCCAAGGCCAGAAGGAAGUGCACAGUUGGAUAAGAUGGGAUUCACAAUUCUCAGAAAAUGCAUCAGUGCGGUUGAAACACGAGGUAUAAAUGACCAAGGAUUAUACCGAGUUGUGGGGGUGAGUUCAAAGGUCCAGAGACUUCUGAGUAUGUUGAUGGAUGUAAAGACAUGCAAUGAGGUGGACCUGGAGAAUUCCAUCGACUGGGAAGUGAAAACAAUAACAAGCGCCCUGAAGCAGUACUUGAGGAGUCUUCCAGAACCUCUUAUGACCUAUGAGUUACAUGGGGAAUUUAUUGUCCCAGCCAAAAGUGGCAGCCCAGAAUCUCGUGUUAAUGCUAUCCAUUUCCUGGUCCACAAACUGCCAGAGAAAAAUAAAGAAAUGUUGGAUAUUUUGGUGAAACACUUAACAAAUGUUUCAAAUCACUCCAAGCAGAACCUGAUGACGGUGGCAAAUUUAGGAGUGGUGUUUGGACCGACUCUGAUGAGGCCACAGGAAGAAACUGUGGCUGCCAUCAUGGAUUUGAAGUUUCAGAAUAUUGUUGUGGAAAUCUUAAUUGAAAACCAUGAAAAGAUCUUUAGGACCCUGCCUGAUGCCACAUUGCCUGAGCCAAUGUCCCAGUCCACAUCGCCCCCAAAUGCGCCACCAAGACAAUCGAAGAGACUUGGCCAGAGGAUUAAGAGACCCGUGGCUGUGUAUAAUCUUUGUCUUGAGCUGGAGGAUGGUGAUGGCCCUAAUCCUCCAAAGGAGGGCACCCCCACUGGCAGUCUAGACUCACUUUCCUCCCCAUCACCCACAUCAGUGGCUGGACCAGACAAAAACCACCUUCCCACAGAUGGGGGCGCUUUUGGGGACUGGGCAUCUCCUGCCCCAAGCCACACCCGGCCAUCUCUGGUCCAGUGGCUUAACCCCCAGUCUCCAAGCACACCAAGCUGCAGCCCAGCUGUUACGCCUCCUUCACCCAAGUCCUCACCUUUGCCCAGCCUUCUUCCUGCCUCUGUAGCUGAAAAGCCACCUGAAAGCGCCAGCAGCCGAAAGGCCCGUGCGGUGUAUCCCUGUGAGGCAGAACACAGCUCAGAAUUAUCUUUUGAAAUUGGAGCAAUUUUUGAGGAUGUGCAAACCUCGCGGGAACCCGGCUGGCUGGAGGGCACCCUGAACGGCAAGAGGGGCCUCAUUCCACAGAAUUAUGUCAAGCUGCUGUAGCACCUGGCCUGUGAGGACCCCACACAGACCCUGGCCCCUGCCUUCCUGGACACAGGGGGAUCACACAUCACGGAUCGGCUCUCCGGGGGUGGGGAGGGGGUGCAGACUGCCAGAGCUGGGGGGAGAGGGACGCAUGGCCAGGAUGAGUGCUCUGUGGCGUGGGAGAAGAUGAGCAGAAAGGACUCUGCCCUCGGCAAGCCUGGGACUUGUGAUUUUUUCCUUCUCCAGCCUCUAGCGGGAGGACAGGGGGUGUCUUCUGCCAGCACAACCUCUUCCACUGGCCGUUGUGCCACUGAACACCUCCGUACAUCCCCUUGGAGAUCUGAGACGGACCUACCUGCCCUUCCUUGAGUGUUGCUUGCAGGAGGUGCUCUUAGCUCUGGCAGAGGAGGCGUGGAGGUGGCCGCUGCUGGUGGGCAGGGUAUUAAGUGGGCUCAGCCCAGAAGGUGCCCCUUCCUCACCGGCCUGCCGGAGACCACAGACUCACUCUCCCCAGCGCACACGGCGUAUUUAUAACAGGCUUCUUGUUGGUGCUUCUCACCUGUGUGCUACUUUCCAGACACCACCUUUUUGCCCCAAGGUCUCUGUAAAUAAAAUAAAAUGUAAUUUACUAUUUGAUUUGUGUGAUCACGGUGGGGGGACGGACGAGACGGUGCUGUUGCUUCCCUCUGUAACGUGUUUUGAUUUGGCAGCCGCUGGAUGGAGAUGCGUUCUCCUGGGAUGCCGGCGCUCUCGCAGGUAGAAAUGAUGGACGAGGAGCCUCGCUUCUGGCACCUGAGCAUGUUCCCAAGUGCCCUCCUGGAAGGCCGCCUCCAGCCACCUGAAAGGGCCUUUCUCCCCUGGCCUGCGUGACCCCCGGCCAGGGAGCUGGGUGGGGACUUGCCUGCUGUUGGUUUGUGUGGGAGCUGCUCCUGCGCCCUGGAGGCCGGCCCUCCCGACACGACACAGUUUAUUGUGCGACUCUCCCCACCUCUCCCCGCCCCUCUGUUUUCCAGGCCUCGGUACUGACGUCUCCCUCUGGAGUUCUGAGACCCUCCGGGAGGAGCCUCGGCCACAACUCCGCGGGAAGCAGCCCCAAGUGAGGGUGGCUCUGAUGCGCGCUCAUUCUUCGCAGCCUCCAGACGCCAGCAGCAGGCUCGCCCGGCCUCCGGGGAAGAGGGACUUCUCCUUGGUCUGCUGGUCACGAGCCCUUGGAAUGUGGCUUUCACUUUUGGUGACUUCAGGAUUCUGAAGCCAGGGCCUGCCCUGGGGGUCUGGUGCGCCUCUUCUCUAUGGCAGUUCCUGGGCCAGUUGGACUUGUCACCUGCGAAUUUGUCACAGGGAGGACAAAUUCUGCUCCUCCCCAGGCCGGCUGAUCCACCAGCCUGCUGCGUCUCAGCUCCCAAGUCGCCUUACUGAGACCGCACAGGCUGUCAAGUUUGGGGUCCUAUGUGAACAGGGGGAUGGGCCCACUCAAGAGGAUCCAGGAAGCACAUAAAAGUAAAGACAAGCUCAGUGCGGUGCAAUUUAAAAUAAUGAACUGUGGUAAGUAUUGAGAGAGCUGAGAUGCUCAGGGCUGCUGAACAGUAGCCGGCCCUGAGGCCUGUGCACUGGGCAGCUGGGCCAGGCGUGGGGGUGGCAUAAACUUCCCCUCCCCUGUCCUGUUUUUAGAUGUACUCCCUGCCCACUGCUUGGGGAUAUAGAAGGGAAAACUGGCUUCUGAGCAGGGGUUACUGGUGCACCCCACUUUACAGAAACUCUGGGGGUAAAUACAAAGCCUAGAGGCAGUAGCAGAGGGAGUGAUGGCCUGGCUGUAUCUCUAAUGGAUGGAUCCCCACAGGCGUGGACAUAAGAACUUCCAACAAGGACUGGACUUGUGUGCUUGCUUGAGGAAUAUUCCCAUCAUUCAGAGUGAGGUAACCUACUGCCUCUCCAAGUGCUAUUAACCCUCUAAGGUACUUAUUACCAUUUACUCUGUCAAGGAAAUUGCCACCGAAUCUGGCCACCUGUGUGAUCUGGGGCAAAUUAAAUGAACUCUAUGAUUCUGUCCCUGCCUCCCAGAAAGAGAACGGUUCCCUCAUGCAAGUAGCUGCCCAUCACACCGCUGGUGCGAUGGUGCCAGGCGCUGCUGUGCCUGUGCUGUGAGUGCUUUAGGCCUGCACUUGGUGACCAGGGCCACCUGUGUACCACAGGCUGGCAGCAUGUUGGCAUCAAGCCUCAGAAUAACUAGCUGCAGGGGCUGCCACUGCAAACUCUUUGGGAGCCAGGAAGCACUGGAUGGCA